CGUUUUGAUAUCUCGCUCUCUCGUUUUUUCAGACACUUUCCCCCAAAGAAACAGAGCUGAACCACUCUUCUCGCUCUUCUUCUCUCUUUCCUCUCCUUCUCCGCUUCCUCGCCUGGAGAACUCUUCUGUCUUGCGUCGGCGGGAACGCCUCCUCCUCGCUGCACGCGUCGUCUUGUCCGCUAACUUUUUUUUUGGUCGGAAACCCCUUCCUUCUUCACUCGACAAAGACUCAGCUCCUCUUCGUCUUUCUUCUCUUCUUCCUCCACCUUGCUCUCCUGAAGUCGCUCGUCUUCUUCUCUCUCUCUGGCGAGAAAACCGGUGUGUCGCUUUCACCGCUGCGCGGAGGCAACGACCCAACUGACCCUUGGGCUCUCAUGCGUCUCUUGGAUUUUUCGGCAUUCUUCUUCUCGUCUCCUGCGAAGCUUCUCCGUCUCCAGACUCUGCCUUUUUCCCUUCGACUUUUCUUUCGCCGUCUUCGCUCCCUCGUCGGUCUCUCACAGUCUUCACAUGCGCGAAAAACGGUCUCUUCUUCUGCCCCCCCGAAACAGGAACCGGUGUGGAUAUCCACGCUUUCUGUUCUGGACUCUCAGGUGUACGUACACCUGGACAACCGUCUGUUUCCCGCUUCUUGUCUCUCCAGGCGUUUUCCGUACCGCCAACCGCGCACCUCCAGGGCCGAGGCCGGGCGUCGGACCAGAACGCGUCGCCCUGUAAUACGUCGUUUUUGCUUUGCCUGCGUUCUUUCUUCUUCUGUCUCCACACUGAGUCACCCUGGAGCCUUCUGGUGAUUCUUCUGGUGUUUCCGGUCUUCCCCAUCUACGCCACCAGGUUCCGUCUCUUCCACACGCAGUCUUCCUCUCCACUUCCCCAUCAAAGGAUCUCUCCGAGUCUCCUUUACUCCCCCAAAUCUGCUCUUUCUGUCUCCUCCUUCGCGUCUGCUCUCCGUCGCCUCCCGCACCGUUCUCUCUCCCUGCUCCUCCCGUUUACACCUUCACCCUCUGUCUUCGGCGCGUCUCGAGUCGGCUCUGAGAGGCGCCGGUUCUCCCCGGCUUCGCUCUUUCGACGAGGACUGGCCCUCUUUGCCUCGGGUGUAGAAAAGACUGACGGAUACACUUCCCAAAAUGGACACUCGAGACGGGGAAUCCUCGCCGUGGAGGCGAGAGAAAACCAGGCAGCCAGCGCCUGCGGCCUCUCUCUCUUGUGCAGCUUUUCUCUCGUUGCUGACUGGAAGGAAAAAUUCUGCUGUCUCUCCGUCUUCUUCUUCUCUGCUCGCUUCGACUUCUUCUCCAGGGGUGCAGACCCACUGUCGCGCCGCUGCUUUCUCUCGACGCAUGCGGUGGCUCCUCGUGUGCCUUGUCCUCGCCCACCUCUGCUCAGAGAACACACAGUCCCUUCGGGACCUCUCUCCAGGAGCGUCUCCAGGCAAAGCCUCCCUCUCGCCGUCGCUGCUCGCAGCCGAGGCCGGCAAGCUUGACAUUUCGCCGCCGAAGCCCCAGGGGAACCCAGUGCAGAUGGGGGCGCCGACUCACCCGCUCUUCGGGGCAGGAAAACAAGGAAAAGAUUUGCCUCCAGCUGUCGCCGACUCACCGCCACCUCCCGCUCCUCCCGUGCUCCCUCCUGUCUCUCCUGAGGCCUCAGACGCGGCGGUAGAUGUGCAGCGGCGCGUCCCCGGCAGCGUCGGUGAAAGUCCAGGCGGCGAAGAGCAGGGCGAAGCCCAGAGAGAGACAGGCCACCAUUCUGGAGAUAACACGAACGAAACAGCAAAGAUGGAGGAGACUGUGUCACCGGACCCGGCACACAACGAGGAGCUGCGGGAUUCAGGCUCUCCUGAGACUGCUGGUGAAGGAGAAAACGUCCCGGUUUCGGGGAAGUCUGCGAUCGAAGGAGAACAUAAAGAAGAAGCUCCGUCUCAGGGCCUCUCUCCUGAAAGCGAUCGCGCCAGCGACACGCAUGCAGCAGGAGACAGAAAUCUCGCACCUGCACCUCCUGCUUCCGAGAAAGAGGCGACCGACGACGCAGUCACAAGACACGCCGAGAAACGAGGUGUAGAUACACCGCCGCAGACUCAAGAGGGGGACGCUUCACAGGCCGAAGAGUCGAGGGCAGAAGAUAACAAAGUCCCGGCUCCGAGCGGACAGUCUGAGAGGGUUUCCGAUUCUCGGAGACGCGUACAGAGAGUGGCGGGAAACGGCGCUUCUCCCUCGAGUUCGAAUGGCGAAGCAGCAGAAGGAAACGGAUCUCCGCCUGCGGCCGCAGUUCCCGCUGACGCACGAAUCGGCAGGAGUGAACAGGUGCGGCCAGCAGGAGCACCCCCACACCACGAAGCAGCCGCCAAGAAACGCGAAGGAGGUCGAAGAGGAUCGCGGGGGCCGGGAUUUGGAAGACAAUUCACAGAAAACGCUGCUCAAAAUGACCCAACGAAUCAGAAACAAGGCUAUCCCACCCCGAAUCCAGGUGUACAUACACCGAGCUCAGGUGUUCAUACACCGAAUUCAGGUGUACCUACACCCAGCGCAGGUGUAGGUACACCUCAGGGGUACCCAGUACCUCCUCAAGUAGGACAGGAAGCAGGUUUCGGACAUCCAGAUGCGCCUUCGAGCACGGCUCCCGCGCCGUAUUACGCCAACCAGGACGCGUAUGUACAGAGACAAGGAGACGUUGCAGUUCCGUCGCACGGAACUCCCCCAGGCUACACCUACGGCUAUGCGUCAGAGCCCGCGGCGGCGUACGCCUCCGAGCCUGUGCAAGUCUACGGUGACGGCGAGCGCGCCCCCCCGCAGGGCGUUUCCACCCAGGCGGAGGCGCGCAGAGACCCCGUGCGUCCGUCUGCCCUCCCUCACUGGGAGGGCGACGCCUUCGCCUCGAGUGCGCACAACGCUGAGGAAGGUGUUCACAGUCCUCGUUCCGCCUCUGUGAAUGGAAUCGAGACCCGAGAGGAAGCGACUUGGUCCGUACCUCCUUCUGCGUAUGCGCCGCGCGCAGGCCGCAGCGAGUCGCAUGCAGUUGGGAACUGUAGAGAUCCAGAGCUGCUGGUGCCGACGCUGGAGGAACACUGUGACGCGUGGUGUACGACAGAGGCGUUGAAGCACUGGGAAGGUAGUCGUCCAGUGUGGGCGUCUUUGCACUUGAAUCCGAUUCCCUCUUUUUUCUCGGAUUUGCGCACCGGGGUCUUUGUCUUGCUGUAUCGCCACAGAGAUUCGUUUUUCGCGGCAAAGGCGCACUUGGAGGAGGAGGCGCAGGCUUUAGGAGACUUUCUGGCGGAGAAGAACCGUGAGUUCCGCCAGGCGCAUCCGUUGGUCUGGCUGACGCUCUGCUGGUUUCUGGGCGUCCUCGUUCUGUCGAGACUGUUGACGGGGCACUGCGUCCCCGCUCCUCUUCUCUGCUGUCUGGGGGGGGCGAACGGCUGGUGUGCACGAAGAAGAAGACUGAAGGAGGAACAGCGAUCACGGGAAGAGGUCGCGCAGGCCGUCGUCGACAGCUUGCUGAAGAACCAACAGGUGAAAUGGCUGCUGAAUCAGACGAAGAAGACGUCCUUCAUCUGCGAAAAGCUGAAGGGCUCCGUGGUGGCAGUUCAACGCACAGAGACGGAGGAGAAGCUGACGAUGACCCGAGGCGACGAAGCGCGCGACGCGAGAGACUCGGCGGAACUCGCCAGAGCUGUCGCCGCUCUCCAGAGAGACCAAGAGGAACUGAAGCUCCUUCUUCGCACCCUGCAGGAGCAGCAGCAGGCGGAACGCGAGAGUCGACAAACGCAGCUAGAACGCAUUCUUGCGGAGACGAAGAAACAGUUUGACUCCGCAACCCUGCAACAGGCUCAGUACAGCCUAACCUUUCUCCAGGCCCUCGGACGCAUCCGGUGUGCGGUCGACCCGACAUACUCCUCUGAAGACAAGGAGCAGCUAGAGGCUUUGAUCGAGCGCGACGCGGCGGCGAUUCGCGAGUUUUUCUCUGAGGAGUGUCGAGACGAAGUGAAUGACACGUACGAGUUACCUGACGCGAGCCCCGCAAGAAAUUCCUUCGCAGAAGAAACCUUCUCUCACCUGAUGAGAACCGGCAUGUCGCCGCGAGGUCUCACGUUUGCCGGGAACUCCUUCGGCUUUUCGGCAAGAUCCAGAAAUGGAGAGGAGGAAAGAGACAAGGAAAGUUCGCCCUCGACGUCUCCUCCGAGGGAGGCGGCAGACUGUCCGGCAGCGAGAGAAGACGCGUCUCGACAGGCGACUGGCGAACAGCAUGUCGAAGAAGACGCGAAACCCAGUGCUGCAGACGUCGACGAAUCGAGACGCAGCUCCGCAAUAACUCGACAGGAAGGACCUCGAGGCGUCGUGCCACCAAAUCUCUUUGACGUCACGCCUGCGGUGGCGGCGUCGGGAUUUGCGCCUCCCGCGGUGGUGAACUUCCCGUCUGCUUCUUCUUCUCUCGGGUCGCACAGUCCGUCCUCGCAGCCUCCGCCUGUGCCGCCCUCGGGGCCAGCGAGUUGUUCCGCUGCUCCGUUUGAGGAGUCUCUCGCUUCUCCGCCAGAAGGCGACGGCGUCUCCGCGGCUGUCCAUCCGAGGUCGCCGCUUCCGCCGCAGGGCUUGCGAGAUCCGUUUGCAUCUCCGCUUCCGCCUUCAGCCGACAUAGAGGGCGGGAGCGGCGGUCCUGCUCACCGACUGCGCUCGUCCAGCAUCGGCAGUGUCGCUUCUCUCGGCCAGGGGGUCGCGAGUCCGACGACGUUGACCUCGAACGGAGUGUAUGGACAGGCACCGCCUGCAGGACUUCCUGCGAGUCUGGGGAACGCGGCGCCGAGCGAGGGAGCUGCAGGACGCUUUGUGGGAUCUCGAGGAGGCGCAGGGGGAGUGGAGGCGACGAGAGGAGCGCCGCCAGGGACUGCAGGCGCGAGUUCAGAGCCUGCGCAGAGACCCGCGUCUGGGACUUCACACUUACAUGUCACAGGCGCCGGCGACGAGAACGCAUCCAGUCUGGAAUGUCCCACUCGACCGCCGACAGGCGGCUUGGUCUCGAGUCGCCCACCUUCGGCGGAAGAACCCAGUUCGGGAAGGCCUUUGAUGAACGGAACCGCUCCGAUGCCUCCUGCGGGGCUCAAGCCGCACGACCCUCUGCCGCCGCAAACCGCGGCCGGUCUUCGCCCCGCUGGACGGAUCCUCAGAGAAAGAAGGGAACCUCCGAAGGUCCAGGCAGCGACGAACCCCUUCGGCAUCCCCCCACCACCGAGUGCACCUCUCUCUUCAGGGAUGGACUUUUGAAGACAAAAGAGCAGGCGGCAGAGAUAAGAGAAGACAGGAAGGUUGACGAGCUGGAAGGCUCCGAGAGCGAACAGAGGAGGCACAGCGGAAGAUGGAAGUACGAGAGAAGCGAUGUGUUUUUUUUCCAAUUUCUUAAAACGAUUGUGGCGUCGAUGUUUCUUGAAGAGCUCGCGGGGAGGUUCACUGGAUCUUCUCCAAAACUAGAAAAUUCGUCGCCCGUCCUGCUGCGGUCUUUUCUCUUCUUCGUGGCUUUCUCUCUCUCUCUCUGUGUCGCUGUGCGGAUAAAACAGCGCGCGUCUUUGUGGGAAAGGAACGGCAUGUUCCCUUCGUUUAUGUUCAUCUGCAUUCUCUUCGCAUUUGCGAACUCGAGGUUUUCCAGAUAUCUCGGAGUCCGCUGUCGGAAACAAGCGACGUUCAUUCUAGACCGCUCCACGCUAACGCACGGAUGACUCUGCACUCGUAGGACAGGCCUGUCGAUUUCUGUCUCUAUAUUUGAAUAUUCUUACUCAUAUAUUUGCUUCAAUCCCACA